AUGUCGCAGACUGUUAGACGUGCCAUUGAAGGACGGUAUCCGUCUUGCUAUUUACCAAAUAGAAUUAAAGAAAGAAGAGCGAAAGCUAGGGCAUUGAGGCUACAACAACAAAGUAAGCCAGACAAGCCGGAGGACUUUGUCUGCUACUCGGACAGUGAUAGCGAAGAGGAGACCCCAGCACAACAGCAUCGGAUACUUUCCACGUCAUACAACUUUGUGGACUAUGUUCGCUCUAGAGAAAUCCAAGCACCUGAGCCGCGUUCGGUUGAUCCGUCAUACGCGACACGCCAUAUGCUCACUCAUGACAUGUUCCGUGAAACACCUGUCAGUCUCGGCAACAUGAACAAGGUCUUCUGCUCACAAUGGCUCUCCGACAGGCAGGUCGUCUUUGGGACUAAGUGCAAUAAGUUGAUGGUGUACGACGUGCGGUCAAGGUCGCUGGACGCGAUCCCAACCCUGAGGCCCCGGGCGCCCUGGCCUGGUGCCGAGCACCAGACUGGGAUCCAUGCACUGCAAAUCAACCCCUCCAGAACACUGUUGGCUACCGGUGCGCGCAACUCCUGCGAGCUUGCCAUAUACAGUUUACCCACGCUCGAUCCGGUCUGCGUUGGCGAAGCGCACAAAGACUGGAUCCUGGACAUGUGCUGGCUGGACGACGAGUUCGUGGUGACGGGGUCGCGCGACUCGAAGCUGGCGCUGUGGAGGGCGCAGCCCGGCGCCGAAGAGGGGCCUGCGCCCCGCCACGGCUACGUGGCGCCGCUGGCCGUGCGCGACUGCCGCGCCGGUCAGAAGGUGAGAGCGCUGACAUUCAACCAACGCUGGCGGGAAAUAGCCGCCCUGACCCUGAACGGCUACAUCCACGUGUUCAACGCUGAGACCUUCCGCCAGACGCUGUCAAGGAAACUGCCCUCGUGCCAGGACCUGGUCUGCCUUGCCACCCAGCAGGAGAGCGGCAUGUACGCCAUCGGCUGCAAGUCCUACACGCUGCUGCUGGACUGCAGGACCCUGCAGUCGAUCAAGAAGAUCACGUCCAGGUACAACGGGUGUGGCAUCCGCUCGGCGAGCUUCCGCGGACAGAUGCUCACCAUCGGAACCGGACUGGGUCUGCUAAUGUUCUACGACGUGAGGGCUGGCAAAUAUCUCGAGAGCAACAUACACUCGUCCAAAACCGUCACUCUGAAGGCUUCCAGAGGCUAUGUGUUCCCCGACGAGGAGGCGGACGGGCUGAACCAGGUGAAGUACGUGCCGGCCAUCUACACGCACUGCUACGACGACAGCGGCACGCGCAUAUUCACCGCGGGCGGGCCCCUGCCCGCCCCGCUCAUCGGCAACUACGCGGGCCUGUGGCAG